AUGUUACACCAAAAUGACUGUACUCAAAAUGAAACAAUGGGUAUGAAUCAAAUUAAUAAUUUGUUUAAAACUGCAUUAGAUUUUCAACCACACUGUUCAACAUCUAUAUCCUCCUCUGCAAACGUUGUAACAAAAACUCGUUUAUUUAAAAAAGUAUUAACAAAAUCUUAUUCAUGCGCAGAUGCUGAAGAUGCCAUAUCAGCAAUGUCUGAAUCUUCAUUUAUUACACCACAAGAAUUUUAUCAAUUAAUUCAAAAUAAAACACAAUUAGGUUCGUCUAUCAUACCCAUUAUCGAUUGUCGCUCAAGUUUAGAUUAUUCUAAUGAACAUAUUCGUUCUUCACAAAAUUUAAAUUGUUAUCAUAAAUUUUUUGCUAAAAGUCUAAGUAGAUGCAAACGUUUAGAAGAUGUUUGUUGUCAAUUUUCCUCAAGUAUAAAUAAUUCCGAUUUUGUUGUUGUUUAUGAUCAGUCAACUUUUGUUAAAAAUGAAGAUAAAUUAAAAACAUUACCCAUUAAUUUAUGUGUUCAAGCAGCAAAAAAAUCACAGAAAAAAGUACUGAUUAUUUUAGGUGGUUUUGAUGCAAUUAAAAAAGAGUAUCCACAAUUGAUUGAAUGCGCCGAAAAAUGUCCAUCAUCAUCGACUCAUCUAACUUUGAAUGAAGAAUGUGUACCUGAAUCACCAUCUGUUAUUUCACCUCAUGAUUCAGUUAUGACAGAAAUUGUUCCACACGUUUUUGUUGGUAAUAUUACUGAUGCUCAAAAUCGUGAUCGUUUGAAUGAACAUGGUAUAACACAUAUAGUUAAUGCAACACCGGAUAUUCCAUGUAAAUGGGAUAGUGACUAUCAUUAUUUACGGAUAAACACUCUCGAUUUAGUAUCGGAAAAUAUUCGACAGUAUUUUAUCCCGGUGUCAGAUUUUAUUGCUGAAGCUGUUCGAAAUAAUGGUCGAGUUUUGGUUCAUUGUAAUGCCGGUAUAUCACGUAGUCCAACAUUGGUGUUAGCUUACAUGAUUAAAUUAUUAAAUAUGUCAUUUCAAGAUGCUUAUUCUAAAAUGCAAAGUUUAAGGCAAAUUGUUGCACCGAAUGUUAGUUUUCUCGGACAAUUAAUUGAAUUUGAAAAGAAAUUUCAUUCAAAAAACACAUCCACAGGAGUAGAUGAAAAUGUAAAUCAGACGUGUAAACUAUCAGAUUGUAAUGGUGAGAAUUGUAAAUUAGAAACAAAAUCUAAAACACCAAUUAUCACUUAUUAA